CUGACAGCUACUUGCCACUUGGACUUCGGGAGCUUUUUAUACAAAGCUGAACAAGUUUUGGAACUCAAUUAUGCCCGCUUACAAGUUGUACUACUUUAACGCUCGUGGUCGAGCAGAACCAGCGAGACUUUGUUUUGCUGCUGCCGGAGUUAAGUACGAAGAUGUAAGGUAUACUUUCGAAGAAUGGUCAAAGGAGAAAGCAGCUGGUUUGAGCCCAAUGGGAUUUCUACCAAUGCUUGAAGUUGAUGGAAAAAAGCUGAAUGAGUCAUUGGCUAUUAUGAGAUAUUUGGCCAGAGAGUUUGGUCUUUGUCCAAAAGACAGCUUUAUGGUUGCUCAAUGUGAUAUGGUUGUUGAUUCACUCUUUGAUGUGUUUGGAAAAUUGUAUGCGUUCAAAUUUGAAAAAGAUGAGGAAAAGAAGAAAAACCUUGAGAAGGAGUUUUAUGAAAAAGUUGUACCCAAUUUCUAUACGAAAAUGACUGCAUUGCUUAAGAAUAACAGCAAAGGAAAAGGAUUCUUUGUUGGUGACAAGUUGACCUAUGCUGAUAUUUCCAUGUUCACAUUGGGAGAUUACUUGAGUGAGCACAAACCAUCAUUACUUGAUGAAUUCCCUGAAGUGAAGGCCAACUAUGUUCAAGUUAGAGACUCAUCGGGUAUCAAGGAAUGGCUSAGCACCAGACCCAAAACUGAAAUGUAGACUUUGUCAUCCCAAUGAAAAACCUUUCUAAUGGUGCAUCUUCUUAAUAAUUUCCAGUUUAAUAAUUAUGUUGAUUGAUUGUCCCAAACAAUGUCUCCUCUCAUCCAUCAAAUGGAUGACAAAUAAUCAUAAUAAUAAUUAAAAGAUAAUGAUAAAUAUAAUUGUAAUAGCGUAUAUGCUAAUAAAUGUUUUGAAAAUUG